UGGGCCACCCAUAGAAGACGGGCCAGAUACGCUCAAAAUACUUGUAACCUCUGACAACCACCUUGGUUACAAGGAUGGCGAUGUGGUGCUUCAAGACGACACAUUCGUAACAUUUAAAGAAAUUCUGGAUAUUGCUGAGCAAAAUAAAGUGGAUAUGAUUCUUCUGGGGGGCGAUCUUUUUGAUAAAAAUCAGCCGCCGAAACAUGUUCGACAUCGAUUGAUGAGUUUAUUGCACGAAUAUGUUAUUGGGGAUCGAUUUAUUGAUUUUGAGAUUGUUUGCGGUACCGGUAGUGUCUUGUCUAAGGGGAAAGCCAACUUUGAAGAUAAAAAUAUCAAUAUCAAAAUGCCAAUAUUUGCAAUUCACGGAAAUCACGAUGAUCCAACUGGACCGGAUACCAUAAGUGAACUCGAUAACCUUGCCGAAAAUAGGUUGAUAAACUACUUUGGUCGAACAGAGACCCUCGAUAAUAUCGUAAUCCGCCCACUUCUUAUUAAAAAAGGAAAUACGGGCGUGGCUCUUCAUGGUCUGGGGUAUAUACGUGAUAUGAGGCUGAUGCAAUCAUUUGAGAAGCGCGAGGUUAUGCUGGGAAAACCGAGAGACUCUGAUCAAUGGUUUCAUAUGUUCGUGCUACAUCAAAAUCGUGUGCGCAAUCGCGAAGGUUACAUAAAGGAAUCCCUUCUUCAUACAUGGCUUGAUCUAAUAGUCUGGGGACACGAACACGAAUGCCGGAUAGAUCCCGAAUACAUGGGCGACAUGGAUUUCUACAUAACUCAGCCCGGAUCAACGGUGGCUACGUCUCUAAUAGAAGCUGAGUCAUCUCCAAAACAUGUGGGCAUUCUCAGAAUAAAUAACAAGCAAUUUAGCAUGGAUAAAAUAAGAUUAAGAACAGUCAGACCUCUCGUAUUCGACAAGCUUGCUUUACACGAGGACCCUGAUUUGGCACAAAAUAAUCCAUUAGAAAUCAAAGCAUGCGUACAAAGGAAGGUCGAGGAGAUGAUUCAAGAAGCAAAGGAAGAAUGGAGAAGAGUAAAUGGAAACCUUGAACCACCGCUACCGUUGAUAAGGCUAUAUGUCGAGCUUGGGGAACUGAUGGAAGACAAGGCGAUAGAUUGGAGUCGUGGUUUUGAAACACAGGUGGCUAAUCCUAAACACUCUGAUUUAUUCAAAACCAUAACAAAGCGCAGAAGAGUCAUCGCAACUGCGUCCUCCUCCUCCGCCGCCGCAGAACCGACGUCUUCAACACUACCGGUUUCUGAUAAUGAUGAGCCUUGGGCACAAAUCCUUCCUAAUAUGGCCUCUCGACUGCAGAGUUUAGCUACUAUACCAUGGGAGCCGAUGGAAUUAGCGAUAAAGAAAUCUGUAAAUUCUGCUGCUUCCCAAAGCAUUAUCGAUUGUUUGGGUAGUUCAGAGCGAAUUCUUACUGAGCGAAUGGGAAGACUUCCGCUAGAGACGUUGGACAAUGAGACUUUGACUACUGAUGCGAUGCGUCUUAUUACAGAAGAAAUGAGAACAGAAUUUCGUGGAUCAAGUGAUCCAUUAGACUGGUUGGAGCAGUCAAACAAUGCAGAUGCCGCAGAGGAUAAUGCACCCGACAUGUCUACAGAAUUGAUGGAUAUAGACAAUGAUUUUCCUAACAGGGUGAGCGAGGAGGCUGACUCGUCUGCGCGAACGGGCACUAGACAGAGAAGAAGUGAGAGAGCGCCUAGCCCUGUUGAUGAUAAAAGUGGUAUACUUGAUAUGAGUGAUGAGGAGGCUGACAUACUUCGAAAAUGUCUGGAAUCCCUGAGUUCGGAAGACGUUAAGAAACGUGCUGGCAUGCUAUUGCAAGGAUUUGAUGUAAUAACAGUAUGGAAGGCUUCCAGCAGUCCCGAGAAGGGACAGUAUGGAAGGCUUCCAGCAGUCCCGAGAAGGGCUCGUAAUCAAGAUGUCAACAACUUAUGGAACGAAAUUGAGUCAAUGUGUAAUAAUAACGAAGAACAACGUCUAGAAUCAGAGAGAACUUUGCAAAUGAAACGGUGCCAUGUCGAUAUAAGUAGUAAGGUGCAAUGUAUGAUGGAGAAUAUAGCUGAGGAGACCGUGGAAGUUACAAAAAAGAGAUCGACCAGAAAAAGAAAAUCCAUACAUUAUCAUCAUACUGAAAGUUCAGAGGAAGAGGAUCAUUCAUCAGAUCCAGAUUACAUGGAGAAACCCAAGAGAUGGAAAACUGAUGUUAAGAAAGAGAAUCAGAAAUGUGCAAAGUAG